AUGAAAACUACCAUAGCCAAUCAGAUGGAGAAUGUACUUGGUACAGUUGGAUUUGACGGCGACAACGAUUCAAAAAUCCAGAUAUUCAAGACCGAUCUUAUACGACAUCAUAAGAACGUGGUGAUGCAGCUGGUUACUCCAACUGCAAAUGCGAUUCGAAAAAGCAUUCGUAAUGCGUGGAGUGAGGUCACCUUGGAAAUCCUUGGCACAGCAUUUUGA